GCUGGCCUCGGCUGGCCUCGGCGGCGCUCGGGAGGCUGCGGUAAAUCCGGGCUUGCGGUGGCUGGCAGAGGUUACGGCCCGGUGGUCCCUGCUUCUCGCCGGGAUCCCCGAGAGCCAUGCAAAUGUCCUACGCCAUCCGAUGCGCCUUCUACCAGCUGCUGCUGGCCGCGCUCAUGUUGGUGGCAAUGCUGCAGCUGCUCUACCUAUCGCUGCUCUCCGGUCUGCACGGCCAGGAGGAGCAAGAACAGUAUUUCGAGUUCUUCCCGCCGUCUCCGCGAUCCGUAGACCAGGUAAAGUCUCAACUCCGCACCGCACUGGCCUCCGGAGGCGUUCUGGAUGCCAGCGGCGAUUAUCGCGUCUACAGGGGUCUACUGAAGACCACCAUGGACCCCAACGAUGUCAUCUUGGCCACGCAUGCCAGCGUAGACAACCUACUGCACCUGUCCGGACUUCUGGAGCGCUGGGAGGGUCCGCUGUCCGUUUCAGUGUUCGCGGCCACCAGAGAAGAGGCGCAGCUGGCCACGGUGCUGGCCUACGCGCUGAGCAGCCACUGCCCGGAGAUGCGUGCCAGGGUCGCCAUGCACCUCGUGUGCCCCUCGCGUUAUGAGGCCGCUGUGCCCGACCCCCGAGAGCCUGGGGAGUUUGCCCUGCUGCGGUCCUGUCAAGAGGUCUUUGACAAGCUAGCCAGGGUGGCCCAACCCGGGAUUAAUUAUGCACUGGGGACCAACAUUUCCUAUCCCAAUAACCUGUUAAGGAAUCUGGCUCGAGAAGAAGCCAAUUAUGCCCUGGUGAUCGAUGUGGACAUGGUGCCUAGCGAAGGGCUGUGGAGAAGCCUAAGGGAAAUGUUGGAUCAGAGUAACCACUGGGAUGGCACAGCCCUGGUGGUGCCUGCAUUUGAAAUCCGCCGAGCCCGCCGGAUGCCGAUGAACAAGAACGAGCUAGUGCAGCUCUAUCAGGUGGGCGAAGUCCGGCCCUUCUAUUAUGGGCUGUGCACGCCUUGCCAUGCGCCCACCAACUACUCCCGCUGGGUCAACCUGCCAGAAGAGAGUUUGCUGAGACCUGCCUACGUGGUGCCCUGGAGGGACCCCUGGGAACCGUUUUACGUGGCUGGAGGAAAGGUGCCCACAUUUGAUGAACGCUUUCGGCAGUAUGGUUUCAAUCGAAUCAGCCAGGCUUGUGAACUGCACAUGGCAGGGUUUAAUUUUGAGGUGCUGAACGAAGGUUUUCUGGUUCAUAAAGGAUUCAAGGAGGCAUUGAAGUUUCACCCCCAAAAGGAGGCUGAAAACCAGCGCAAUAAGAUUCUUUACCGCCAAUUCAAACAGGAGUUGAAGGCUAGGUACCCCAACUCUCCCCACCGAUGCUGAGUUCUUUCCUUCCACGGUCUGAGAAUUUUCAGCAUCUGGCGCUUCAGGCCUGACUGGGGUAAGAACAUGCCUCCACUUUACAGAGGUAGCUGUGGUUUUGGAACACUGGACUUGACUAUGAGGUGCUGGGAGCAAGUCUCAGCUUUACCACUAACUAGCAGGGUGGCCUUGAGCAAAUCCUGUUCCUUCUCUGAGCCUCCAUUACCCCGUCUGUAAAAAGGGAGGUGAAAAUACCUACCUCACAGAACUGUUGGCUCAGAUGAGACGCUGUAUGUGAAAACAUCCUGUAAACUUCGUACAAAUGUGAAGUAUUAAUAUUGCUACAGUGUUAUUAUUAUGAUAUUGUUAUUAUUAACAAUGUUGGGUGGAUAGCGGCAGAGCAAAAAGUAUGAAUGGGCUAGAGGUGAGAAGCUUGAGUAUUUAAUAAAAUGAGCCUUUUGGAAAGAUGAAAACAUAGAACUUAGUGCUCAGAACUGGCGUAAAAUGUAAGCUUCCUUGUUCUCUUCAUGCCUCCGCCCUCCACCCUCCGAGCUCCAAGGAGGAAAGGGUCUGUAGGUCCUGGGGGUUAAAAGUCCCAGCUCUGUGCCCUCCAGGAGGUCGGGCUACUCAUUUGCCUUCGGAUGACAGUGUGUAAAUAAACGAGUGUUACACCCACAGCUGGCUCUGUUACUCUCCUAAGCUGAGGGGUGGUGGGCCAGAGUAUCGUGUUAUAUGGCGGUGGUCCCAAGGACACAGACCACAAUGCUAGGACAGGCUGAAGGCCUGGGACUGUAGGCCGGUUGCUAUGGAGACCCGUCCGCCGUUUCCCGGCAUGCCUGGACACCAGUAGUUCCAUUGUAAGCUCCACAAUGGGCGCCUUCUGAUGACGUACACGGAAGCGUCGACACCUCCUGGAGAAAGAGGGACCUGCGCAGCUCUCUUCGGGAGACCAACGGCGGAGCGUUCACCUGUGUCCGACAGCUCUCCGGGACCGGAGGCCCCAGUCUCUGCGGUGCGUAUGGCCACGCCUAGCGCUGGGUUGGGCUUCCCGGGUCGGAGCCAAAGCAGAGACUUAACCGGCCCGGCUCGUGCUGGCCUGAGAGGAGCCGGCGGUUCUGAGGGUGGAUCGGGGUUGGACGGUCCCUUGCGCCUCAGUUUGUUUCCUGUGUUUGUAGGGAGGGGUCCGCUUUCCCUGGAGGUUUGCUCUGGAGGUGCUUAUACGUUUGUAAAGAGAAAUCUCAUGUACAUCGCA